AGAGAAAAGCCCUAAAGACAAAACUGUGGAAGAUGUCUUUCCAAAGACAACAAAUGUAGAAGAAGGACAAGAGGGAAAAAAAGAGCCUGAAAAGGAGAAAAUCCCUAAAGAGAAAACAGUGGAAGAUGAGUCUACAAAGACAACAGAUCCGAAAGCACAAAUUGCACCUGAUUUUGUUCAAAUUGAGGAUGAAACUUAUCUUCUAGAUCAAGAUGAUGAUAAAGUUUCCACAAAACUUAGUGAGGAGACAGCUCCAUCAUCACAAAAAAGUGAUCAGUCAACCAAAAUGAAAACAAGAUACAAAAUGGUUGCAAGGAAAAACAAAAACAAAAGCCUUGUUGUUGUGCCAAGUGGUAGAAUUACAAGGAGCCAAGAUGUUCUGUUAGAUGAAUCUGAAAAGGGAAGCCUGAAGAAGGAUGUUGAACCUGCUAAAGAAACCGCAAAAAUAGGACAGAAGAGAAGAAUGUCUACAAGGAAUUUUCCUAUUCAAAAGGAAGCUGAUGCACCACCUCCAGCACCUACUCCAAUAAAAAAAAUGGCAGGUGCUCCUGCUGAAUAUCCUCCAGACCAAGGCAAAAAGGGUGGGAAAAAGAAAACUCUAGAAGAAGUGAAGAAAACUUCUAAGGUUGCUGGCAAAAGAAAAGCAGGUAUAUAAUGAUAUAUUAUAAAUGUUCAAUUUCUAUAUAUAGAAUGAUCAUUUGAGAAAACAAUUUUGUUCAUUUUAUC